AUGGCGCCCAUCGAGGUGGUAGACCUUACUCUGGAUUCCGACGAUGAUGUAUCUCCUUCGAAGGCGGCGCUGUCAAUCUUGAGCUCCUUCCAAGCGUCGAAAAACACUCAGCAGCCUUCAGGCUUCAAGGGGUCCAUCGAUGGCCAGCUUCGUCCAAUUUCCAGAGAGACCAACGCCCCUCAGCCGCUCAAAAAGUCUUCCAAUGUCCUAUCAUCGAACAAGAAGAGGAGACUUGCGCCACCAGAGGUCUCUUCGACUGCAAAAUGUGCCUCGCCAGCGCUUCAGAGCCAUGGAUUGCUCAAUGUUGCCGGGCUUCCUAGCUAUCAGAGCACGACGAGUCGACAAUCGGAGUCGAGGACGGCCGGCACAGAACUCAUCGCUAAUUGA